AUGCCUCUGAUAACGCUCACACCCGAUGAGGUCGACGACCUCAUCUACGAUGUCCGCGCCGGCGACUCUGCAGCCCUGGAAGAGGACCUCACAGCCCUAUCCCAGAAGUAUUCCGUCAAGCCAGCCGUAAUCAUUGCCUCGGCAGUCGACUCGGCACCUGAAGAUGAGGGCGGUAGCGGGUGCUGUCUCCUACAUUACCCUGCUGCAAAUGGAAACCUUGAAAUCCUUACAAAGCUAAAAGAGCAGCUUCUCUCAGCCACAAAUGAGAACAUAUUAACAGCGGCUGAAGUCAAGAACACUGUCAACCACCGCAACCACUCUGGAAACACGCCCCUACACUGGGCAGCGCUCAACACCCACCUAGAGUGCGUGAAGGUGCUUGUUGAGGCUGGGGCAGAUAUCUCAAUCAAGAACGAGGCCGGCCUUGAUGCGGUGUUCUUAGCUGAGCGGGCGGAUUGGAAGGCGCAGGAAGCUACUCAGACUCCAGAUCCGAGUCAGGGCAAGGAUCAGGAUGGGGACGAGGAGAUGGAGGUUGAAGUUGCAGGUGACGCUGCAGAAGGGGGUAAUGCUACGCAGGUACCGGUGACGAAAGCGAGGCAGAUUGUUGACUGGCUGUUGGAGCACGGGGACCCUGCGGAGGCAGCGGGGGAUGGAUCUGCGCCUGGGAACGAGUCUUGA